CGGUACCGAGGAGCGAGCACCGAUCCCGCGCUCCGCCCGCCCGGAGCGGCCCCCGGCUUCCUCGGUGACAUCCCCACGCUGCCACCAACGCCCUGCGCUGCUUUUCAAACUUUUCUAACUCGGGAAUUACCAGCCAUGGAGAGGAUGCAGCAGAUCGUGGGGAGGGCGAGGGCCGCCUUCAACUCGGGCCGGAGCCGCCCGCUGGAGUUCAGGAUGCAGCAGCUGAAGGCCCUGGAGAGGAUGGUGCAGGAGAAGGAGAAGGAGAUCCUGGCAGCGCUCAAGGCGGAUCUGAACAAGUGUGGGCACAACGCCUACAGCCAUGAGAUCCUGGGUGUGCUGGGGGAGCUGGCCCUGACCAUGGAGAAGCUGCCAUCCUGGGCAGCCCCCCAGCCCGUGAAGAAGAACCUGCUGACCCUGAGGGACGAGGCGUACAUCGGCUACGAGCCCCUGGGCGUGGUGCUGGUCAUCGGGGCCUGGAACUACCCCUUUGUGCUGGUCAUGCAGCCCCUGAUCGGGGCCAUCGCAGCAGGCAAUGCCGUGGUGGUGAAGCCCUCAGAGGUCAGCGAGAACACGGCUCGGCUGGUGGCCGAGCUCCUCCCACAGUACCUGGACAAGGAGCUGUACCCCGUGGUCACUGGAGGAGUUCCUGAGACAACCGAGCUGCUGACCCAGAGAUUUGAUCACAUCCUCUACACUGGCAACACUGCAGUGGGCAAAAUUGUGAUGGCAGCAGCUGCCAAGCACCUGACCCCUGUCACCCUGGAGCUGGGGGGGAAGAGCCCCUGCUACAUCGACAAGGACUGUGACCUGGCUGUCGCCUGCAGGCGGAUAACGUGGGGCAAGUACAUGAACUGUGGGCAAACCUGCAUCGCCCCAGACUACAUCCUGUGUGACCCAUCCAUCCAGAGCAAGGUGGUGGAGAACAUCAAGGCCACUCUGAAGGAAUUCUACGGGGAAGACGUGAAGUCGUCUCCAGACUAUGAAAGGAUUGUCAACCAGCGCCACUUCAAGAGGGUCAAGGGCCUGCUGGAAGGGCAGAAAAUUGCUCAUGGAGGAGAGACUGAUGAGGCCUCCUGCUUCAUAGCACCAACCAUCCUCACGGAUGUUUCCCCGGAGUCCAAGGUGAUGGAGGAGGAAAUCUUUGGCCCAGUGCUGCCCAUUGUGACUGUGAAGAGUGUGGAGGAGGCCAUUGAGUUCAUCAACAGUCGGGAGAAGCCCCUUGCCCUGUAUGUUUUUUCCAACAACAAGCAGUUAAUCAAGAGAGUCAUCUCGGAAACCUCCAGUGGUGGUGUGACUGGAAAUGAUGUCAUUAUGCAUUUCUUCCUCUCAACUUUGCCUUUUGGUGGUGUUGGCCACAGUGGGAUGGGUGCCUACCAUGGCAAGCACAGCUUCGAGACCUUCUCGCACCGCCGUGCCUGCCUGAUCAAGGACCUGAAGAUGGAGAGCACCAACAAAAUGCGGUACCCACCUGGCAGCCAGAAGAAGGUGGACUGGGCCAAGUUCUUCCUCCUGAAGCGGUUCAGCAAGGCCCGAAUUGGGCUCUUCGUCCUGGCCCUGCUGGGGGUUGUGGCAGCAGUGAUGAUUAAGGUGGUUAACUGAUGAAGAGAGGAGAAGGCACCAUGUGCACGUCAUACUCUGGGUGCUCGCUUUGUGUCUGUUUCCUUGAGCUGGGAAGUCAUUAUUUUCUUUUCUUCUGGGUGAUUUCAGUGAGCUGUCGAGCACACAGAGUAGCCUUAGAGAGGCACUAACCACGAGAAGGCUCAGAUUCCUGUUUACUUAAAAGCCAUGCUGGAACAGAGGGACCAGUGGGGACAAGCUCUCCGAAGGAGGACUGCAGAGCAAGAAAUUCCAGUCCCUGCCUCCACCCCGUGCCAUGCAGAGCUUCCAGGGACACACAGUGUCCUGCAGCAAACCACUCACCUUCCUUCAGUGACCAUCAGGAGCUGAAGUUUCAGCAGUCCUUGGGUUGACACUGUUUUCCCUGCAGUUUUGGGGAUGGUCUGAGCACCCACCCUCUUGGUGACAAGCCUGAGGCAGGCUGUGCUGCCCGAUGCAUUUGGCCAAGAAUGAUGGCUGUGAAUAAACCCAGUGAGGUUUCCCUUGCCAUUGAUUUGAGGUGAAGCAUGCUCACAUCUCUGCGAACCAGAAUCAUCCACAGCUUGUUGCUUGCUGGGUUCUGUGUUUCAUCAUGUGCCUUUAACAGUUAUUUAGCAGUUAGAAAAUUCCAAAGGUGAUGCCUGCCAGUGCUGAUGAGUGUCUCAUGCUGGAGCAAAAGAACUUUCAGGACUGUUCAGAGAAAUGGGAAUGACAAAUAACCUUGUGGAUUAGCCCAACCCCACACACCCACUUGCUUUUUCCCUGUGGAAUGGGGAAGAGAAUUGGAAGAAGGUGAAAAAACUUGUAUGUUGAGAUAAAAAUAGUUUAAUAGGUGAAGUGAAAAUUGAGCUUGCAGGCAGAUCAAAGCAAAUUAAGGAAUUGUUCAUUAAUUCCCCUCAUCAGGCAGGUGUUCAACCAUCCCCAGGAGAGCAGGGCAUUGUCACACCUGGUGGUGACUUGGGAAGACAAACACCAUAACUCCCAAUGUCACAAAUUCAAAACACAACCAUCCUUCUACAAAGAAACUUAGUGUCUACAACAAAAAUUAACUUCAUCUCAGCCAAAGCCAGUACAAAGCUGUUCCUGGUCAGAUUCCUCCAAGGGAAAACAAUUAGUGGAAGAGUGUGUGUGCUCCUUCGUGUUUGAGCUUCUCAGGAUGCUGUAAUCUUGCACUGGGGGAUAAUGUGGGGCUUGUUCUAGCUUGGGGGAAGGAUGCUGAAGGAAUUGAAGGCGAAAGAGCCUUAGAACUAUUAAUGUUAAAGCAAAUGGAAAAGUUAUUACUAAAUGCAAUUAAUAUAGAGUAGAAAAUUAUAUUUACUGUGCAAUAAGUGGGGUUUCUUCAUGUCUGGUGAAAAUCCAUGCGCUAAGCCUUUUUGAUGAUACAUUUUGCAAGCCACUAAAUAAACACAGAGAAUUUAAAUAAUAAAC